GGUACCUACAGAAAUAUUAUACAAAGGAUUUUUUGUUUGUUUAGAAUAAAUAAAUUCGAAAGCUAUUAAACCAAUUUAAAAAAUUCCUUCACUUUUCGAAAACUACAUUAAAGGGAGAAGUUAUAUACUAUCAUGGAUGCUGAGCCAACCUUUAAACGUUGUUUUAAAGAAACCCAUAUUACAGGAUUUUAGAAGAGCUUUUUUUGGCUUAUCUAUAACGUUGGAGUGCAUUGGAAAAAUCUUUUGAAAUGGCACAGUUUACAAAACCUUCCGUGUUUGAAAAUAAACCAAUUUUAUAUGGAGAUGAAGUAUCACCUCCUGUGCGGUUUGUCCUGAUGACGGCGUCCGUGCUAGGUAUAGAUUUGAAGUUCCACCACAUUGAUCUGUUCUGUUCUGAAAACAAAUCAGAUUUUUUCACGAAGAUAAACCCUCUACAAAAAGUUCCAGCUUUAGUUGCAGGAGACGAUGUUAUAUGUGACAGUCAUGCCAUUGCAUUAUAUCUUUGUGGAAAAAGAAAAAAUCAAAAACUAUAUCCUAGGGACCCUUCGAUUAAGGCACAAAUUGAUCAGAUGCUGUUUUUCAAUUCUGCCGAAUUAUUUCCCAUAGAUAGUGCAAUAUACUCAGAAUAUUUUACUGGAAAAUGGCCUGCUGAUGAGCAAAAAGUAAAGAAUUGGUAUCGUUUACUAGAUCAUUUAGAUGGCCGAUUAAAAACACGUACUUGGUUAGCUGGGGAAAAAUUAUAUCUUUGUGACAUUUGUUGUGCAGCGACAGUGUCUACUCUUCAGCUUUUAAUACCAUUACUAAAUCGUCACAAAAAUGUAGAAAUUUGGUUAAAUAGAGUGCAAGCGCUACCUUGUUUUGAAAUAAACAAAAGUGGAUUGAAGCGUUUAAAUGUCUUUGUUGAAAAAAUUAAAUCAAUAGUGUAACUGCAUAUAUAUAAUAUAAUAAUAAAAUACA